AUGGAUGCAGUUGGAAACAAAGUGUUGACUUUCAUUGCAAUCUUUGCUGCGACAAAAGAGAGCAUUGCUUACCAUAGCUCUAACAAACUGAAAUAUCACCGAAAAAUCAGCGUAAGAUCGAGUUUAGAAAGUAAAAAGUAUGAAUACUGUGUGAAAAUAAUUAGUGUGUGCUAUUUACUAUGGGAUGCACCACCUGACUACGAGGAUGAAGGUGAAGAUCAAGAUUCGGACAAUUUAGAGAUUGAUGAACAGAUCCGAAGAGCGAAAUGCGUUCCGCAGCAUCAAAGUAGCCAAGACAAUGCAAUUUAUUGGCAAAAUGUCCGGCGUUGGCAACGAGAAGUCGAAAAACUGUUCUUAAGUACACAUAUGUUUGAGGUCAUUGAAGAGUUGGACGGUGGAAACGCAAUCAAAAUUAACCUGUGGAAUUUAUUCCAUAUCAAAAUGAUGGUUAUCUGCAAUAGAACUAGAAUGAUGAAUAAUGUCAACUCAGAGACCGAUAAUUGUGAUGAGAAUCAGGAAAUCGGAAUAUGGAUAAAUGAACAAGUCAAAUGCGAUACAAUUUUAGAAGAUUUUACCAACAGAGUGCCAAACAUUUUGAAUACCCUAGAAACGCAUCUCCACAAAGAUUGUUGUCCCAAUAGCAUUCUAAGAGAUAGACUCGAAGUUAUCAAUGAUAACAUUGACACAAUAAUGCAACUAAAUUCCCUAGAAGAAAACGGAGGAUUUAUAUCAACUGGUAACGUCUCGAUUGACAUGCAAAAUUUGGUAAUACGACUGGAGUUUUUAAAUAGAAAAUUGAUUUCUGAUAACAGAAGUACCCAAUGUUGCAAGAACUGGACAGAAAGUGAAAAGUCUGCCAAGUACAAAUAUCAAACUGAAAUGAAUCAUUUAAUAGACACUUCAUUAACAAGUGUUACGAACAAUCCAUCUACUGAAUUUUAUAAACAUUUCAAUAAGGAUGCUGAGCACCUGGAGAUAAAAAUUUUAGCAUCAGAAAAUGAUCACCAGCAGUCGAAUUCUAAUAUGACUAAAAAGAAUUGCUGCAGCUCUAACAAUCAGUUAAAAAAUAUUGAAAUGCUUGUAAAUGAAUACAUUAAUUCAACUAAUUUAUCAAAGCACUCUAAUAACGAAUUGAGAAAAAGCAUUGAAAACACAAACAAAAUUAUAAGAAAUUCUGAAAUAUUGCUUAAUAAUGAACUAAAUCAAUUAAACGACUUGAAUUCAGUAUGCUCAGAAAAAUGUUCAAAGGACCCCAUAAAUAAAAGCACCUUUCAAUCGAAGCUGCGAUAUUUAGAAGACGAGGUACAACAAAUGAUGUCAAGCAAUAUAAAUAAUUUAACGAUUCCAAACGAAAAUGAUGAAAUUGAACAAAAAGAGUACAACGCAGUUGAAGAUCAGCUUCAAAACUGCUUGGAUUCUGUAGAGCGACAGAAAGCUGAUAUGCGAGAAUUAAUUGCAGUGUAUAAUUCAAAUAUGGAAUCUCAUAGAGAAAUUAAAAAAGAUCGAGAAAAUGUGAUAAAAGACCUUCGCAAUAAAUUAAAUAAAUUACGGUUAGCGAAUUCAAAUCAAUCAAAUAACAAUAAUGCUAAGGAACGCCAGGAAAAGCGAUUAAAAGAUAUAAGACCUAUUUUAGAUGAAAAGACUCAGACCAUACAUAGGCAAUCAGAAAUGCUGAAUGAAAUUCAAUCUAAACUAUCUGAAAAUUAUACCAAUAAUAAGCGAAUGGUCGAUAAUGUCAAGUCAACAGACUUUGAAAUAAACAAUAAAAUUGAGGGUCAACUUAAUGAACUGGACCAUAAGCUUAAUUCUACAAACUUACAGAAAAUCAAAAACUCAGAAAAGUUAGACUAUCUGGAAGCAAGAUUGAAGAGUAUGAAAAAUCAAAGUCAGAAUUCAAUACAACGUUUGUCAGCUACCAUCGAUGCACUGGAGAAUCGAUUGAAGGAAGUCAACAAUGAAAUCAAGGAAUCUAAGGAUAAGGCCAAAAAAUGCUCCGAAUCCUGUGAUUUAGGAAAGUUGCCAACUAUGGAAGAAUUACAAAAUAGAUUAAAUGUAUUACAAAAAACAUUGAAAUAA